CUCCAAAUUGGGGUCGUUGGGGUUUUAUCGACGAGGCGGAGAAUGGGUUUCAUUGAUCCCAUUCAACCAUGAGUUGAAGAUCUAAGGUUCCAAGUGCCCAGGUAUCAACCUUUCUCGCUCUGUUCACAAUGGCAUUUUUCUUCGUGCUUGUCUUGGUUGUGUCGAUCCUAGCGGGAACAAUCGCCCGUCGACAUAUCCGGUCUCCGCCCUCACCGGCCUCCGAACGGGUAGGCAGUGCCGAUUCAAAAGCUCUCCGUGCGAAAGAUGAACCAGGUGAGAAAGGCAAUGCCCUCGGUCAUGACUCCGCCAUCGAGACCCUCCCCGACUUCGACUGGAGGACCACACCGCCACUGAAACUGAGACCCUUCAAACCAACCUACAACAUCACCAUGGCCCUCCAAACCAGCCGCCCCUCCGACCUCAUCCUCAUCGACAAAAACUACCUCGAGCGUGUCAUCCGCCGCCGCACCCUCAUCGCCGACUACAAAUCCGCCGUCUUCGGCGCAGCCCCAUCCGGCCACGCCCCCGUCCGCGAACUCUACACCUACCUCCUAGGCACCUACCUACCAGCACGAUACCCAACCAUGUUCCACCUCUCCCACUCACCCACAUCCUACUCCUCCCCGUCCCCGCAAACCCUCUUCCACAACCGCGCCACCGGCCGCAGCUCACCACUCUCCCCACCACCAUCCACCGCAGCCGAGAUGCUGCAAAUCCUGGGCGAGACGGUCGAGGAUGAUCUGUUCCUGCUGCUGCCAGACCGGGACACAGACAAGCCCGAGGGGGAGGGCGGUGCACACCGCGCGGUGGCGUUCGUGUGCUGCCACCCGGCGGGGUUUGAUCCGUCCGAGAAGCUGGGCAAAGUGCUGGCCGAGAUCCAUGGGCCGGUGCCGGGGUAUGAGAAGAUUGGGGCGAGUAUGGAGAGGUAUUUUGGGCGUUUGGAGGUGGGGAGGUGUGUGAAGAGGGUUAAUUGGUCAGUCCAGGCCCAUUCGCGGCUCUAUGCGCCGAGCGGGAAUCAUGUGUACGCGGGCGAGGAUAUUGAGGAGGAAGCGGGGAUUGAUGUUGACAAGGCGAGAUUCCGAGUUGAGCUGCAGGCCUUGACGCGGUUGCCUGAGACGCGGGCCGUCUUGUUCAGCUUCAAAACGUACAUGUACUCGCUGGAUGAGAUCAGGCGCGAGGGACUCGGGCCGGAGUUAGCGGACGCCAUCGAGGGUUUGAAGGCGGGCAAUGCGCCGGGCAUGUGGGUGUAUAAGGGGGGUGUGAGAUGGGGGAACGCUGCGUGUGAGUAUUUGAGGGCGGAUGGAGGAUGAGGUCAAAUGUGAAUUACAUGGUUAUUGGUCAGGGUGACAUCGGUAUUUGUUUUGACAUUGACGCUUUUUUCGGUGCGGAUGGCCCGGGGGAGUUGAAACCGACAUAUUCUCGUUUUCGGAGGUAAAAAGAAAACAACAAAAGAAGGAUUAUGUUGAUAAACGAACAUGCUGAGAGUA